AUGUCGUCUUCAAUUCACCCAGCCCUUGCUCACCCCGCGGACCUCCCGCUCCCGUCGCCUCAACGGCGCUGCAACGGGGAAGGAAUUAAUACCUACGCUCCCGCCAAUCCCGACACCGCCGACAGUUACAAUGUCACGAUCGGACUAAGGCCUUCGCCGACGGACAACGAGGACCCAACCUCCGCGGACCAUUCACUUCCCGACGUAACGCCGGCGACGCCGGUAUCAUCGACAGUCCGGCACGGUGAUGUCCUCGUUGAGUCUCAACCCGCUCUCCCAGUAGUAAAUAGCCUGGUGGCCCAGGACCCCGAGCCUCCGCAGCCCAGCACUCUACCCCACGGUCAUCGCAAGAACGCUCUCUCCGUUGAGUCGGUCCCGCGACAGACGCUUAUGAAAGCAUUGGCCUCUGUGGCGCGCAACAACAAGCCCCAAGCCCUUUCACUCAACGGCAUGUUAUCCGCACAUAGCGCCCCGAAGAGCGGCGAAAAUCGACCGUCGUCCGCUUGCUCUCAGCAGCUUUGCGACGCUCUGUACGGGCUGGCGCAGGCUCAAAACCCCCGCCCGACUGUCACCAUGACGCCCACCGCCGCCUUCCCUUCCCUGCAGUCGCCCUGCUUCUACCAUACCCGUUUCGAUGACGCCGUCGACAUUGACAAGGUACUCGAGGAAAUCAAGAACGACGAGUGGAUGUCGCAUUCACGGCUGGUGCAGACGGCCACGGGCGUCCGUGAGGUGUCCAAGCAGCUCCAGCGCCGGCCCAUCCGGCGCGCCGUCAAGAACGUCAUGAUUGUCACCAAGGCUCGUGAUAAUCAGCUGGUUCUACUCACCCGCGAGCUGGCCCUGUGGCUGCUGCAAACCCCGCGCUAUGGCUCCGACGUCGGCGUCAAUGUUUACGUAGAUGCCAAGCUGCGCCAUUCGAAACGGUUCAAUGCUCGGGGAAUCACUGAUGAGGAUCCCCGAUUCCACGACAUGCUUAGGUACUGGACGCCGGACCUGUGCUGGAGCCAGCCGGAAAAGUUUGAUUUAGUACUUACGCUCGGCGGUGACGGGACUGUUCUCUUCACGUCGUGGCUGUUCCAGCGAAUUGUGCCGCCCGUGCUGUCCUUCAGCCUGGGCAGCCUCGGCUUCCUGACCAGUUUCGAGUUUGAGCGGUACAAGGACCACCUGAACCGCGUCAUGGGCGACGAGGGUAUGCGUGUCAAUCUUCGGAUGCGCUUCACUUGUACCGUGUAUCGCAACGGUCCCGGAGACGAGAUGGAGGAAGGUGAACAGUUCGAGGUUCUCAACGAGCUCGUCAUUGACCGCGGGCCGUCGCCGUACGUCUCCAACCUGGAGCUGUACGGUGACAAUGAGCUGUUGACUGUGGUCCAAGCGGAUGGCUGUAUCUUUUCAACUCCGACUGGUUCCACUGCCUACUCCCUCUCGGCCGGCGGCUCCCUUGUCCACCCGGACAUUCCCGCCAUCCUUCUCACCCCAAUCUGCCCGCACACGCUAUCCUUCCGGCCCAUGGUCCUCUCAGACACGAUGCUCCUGCGCGUCUCGGUGCCGCGCAAUAGCCGGGCCACGGCCUACUGCGCCUUUGACGGGAAGGGCCGCGUCGAGCUCAAACAGGGCGACCAUGUCACCAUCACAGCGUCGCAGUACCCCUUCCCCACGGUCGUGCGCACCGACACCGAGUGGUUCGACAGCGUUUCCCGCACGCUCAGGUGGAACGUUCGCGCCGCCACGCAAAAGGCGUUUGACACGGGCAGCACCAAGGGCUCAUCGGCGUCGCUGACCAGCGAAUACGGCAAUCAAGACGACGACGAGGGGUGGGAUAUCGAUACCGAUUCCGCCUGCUAUGCGAGUGAGGAGAGCAGUAGCGCUGCAAGUCCUCUCAGGCGGCAGAUGAGCUUGUUGGGGAUGUAG